AAAGGCUUAUUACCGUCUUAGUGCCCCAAACGCGGAACGAAACAAUGCACCCAUUCACACAGGCUUACCUGUCCUGUAUUUACCGCAGAUUAGGUGCUCAAAUUCAACGCCAGGCUUGGCUCCUCUGAAAACUGGGUCACUGCGCUGUAAAGAGUUUUCAGGGUAUAGAUUGCAAACUCAGUGCCCUGACAAGCUCCAGUCUGAUGAGUUCUUAUCUCUUAAUGAGUCUUACGUAACCAUAGGGAAUGUUUACAGCACAGUAAGACCAUGUUUAUUACAAAUUUAGAUUCCGUGCAGUAUUGACGAAGGCAGAAGCAAUGACCCACUUUCUUUUCACUUUGGGGGGUUGCUUGGUGGAGUAAAACUGCACAGCAAUGAUGCGAAUAUAUUGUAACUCUCACAAGUUUAUGUACUCAAACUUUUUGUGCAUCUCGUGUUUUGCACUAUGUUUGGAGGAUGUCAGAAUGGGGGCUGCACCAGGGACACUUUUUCAGCAGCUAAAUAAACAUUCUUUGCUAUUACAAAUGUGGGGGCCUACCCCGGGUGGCUGCUGAUUGGCCAAAACGCAGUUAAAAGGGUCCAUUGAGCCGAGUCGGAGGAAUUUAGGGUGUCCAUGCCAGUCUCCCGACAAGAAUUUGCAUGACUCUGGUAAACAGCUGACCACUGACUUUGCAGACACCUUCCCUCUGCUCUCUAGAACGUUCCUCUCUCUCUCUCUCUCUCUCUCUCUCUCUUUCUUUCUUUCUUUCUGGUCUGUCUCUAUUCCUCCAUCAUUUUGCGCUCUUUCUCACUGAACUGCUGUUGAACUUCUCCUGAGUUAAUCUCUUGCUCACCGUCCGGGGCUGAAGUUAAUUCUGCAGCAAUGAAGUGGCGGGUGAUGUUUGGCGCCUUGCUCAUGUCCCUGCUUGUCGUUCAGUUUGGACAUUGCCAAAACGAGGACAAGGAUGCAAAGAGCGCCACAGAGGAGAAACCUAAGGAAAAGGUCCAGACGGGGAAAGGAGCGGGGAAGAAAACCAAGACUUCCACGGCAAAACAAAAAAAGAAACAGCCAGCCCAGUCAUCUCAGGGGGCGUACCUCACCCAGGUGGUGAACAAGGGCAAGUUUCAAAGGGUGGGGGACACUCUGAGCGUGCCUGCUGGGGAGACGCUGGAGCUGCGCUGCAAAGGCGCCCCUGUCCAGUGGGCGGUGCCCUACUACCUGGAGGAGGAGGAUGCUGGGAGACUCAAAAUGGUUCAACAUGGUCGCUAUGGCACACUGAUUUUGGCAAACGCCACUGGAGCGGACACUGGCGAGUACACCUGCUACCCCAUGUACUGUGAGGACACAGACUGCCGGAAAGAGUACGACAAAGCUGUCAAGGUCUUCAUCUUUUUCCCAGACCCUCAGGAGCUUUUUGUCCCAUCUUCGGACUACUACGAGGUCAUCCAGCUGCGCACCAACUGGCCUACCGUCCUGCCCUGCCAGGUGACAAACCCCAAGGCCAAGGUGACUCUGCACCGGGAGUUCCCCCCUGAGGAGGUGAAGGUGGACGGCACAGAGAUCUCGUUCGACGUGAAACGGGGCUUCACCAUCCACCGGCCAAAGCAGUACCAUGCCGGCUCCCUUUCCUGCGAGGCCAGCCUGGGCAACCUCAGGCAGAGCUCAACCAAGUACAUGCUCAUCUAUGUCAACUACCCGUCAGCCCCUCCUGCCCCUGUUAUCCAGGCCUCUGCCAGCUCUGUGUCUGUGGGGUCAAAUCUCCAAGUCACGUGCAUUGUGGUGGGAGAACAGGAUGUUGUUGUGGAGUUUACCUGGGAGUAUCCAGGACAGCAGAUCGGUCGACCCCUCUACACCCAGGAUAGCGUGGAGGCAGCCAAUAACAUUGGCCGUCUACGGCAACGAUCCUUGUCCAUCAUCAUGGUGGAUGAGGUGAGGGACGUGGACCAGGGCACCUACACCUGCACUGCCCAAAACCUGGAGGGGUCACGUUCUGCCUCCACCACAGUGAAAGUGGUGCCCAAAGUCAAUGCCAAGCCCAGAAAGCCGUGAGGGAACGUGAGGAAAGAUGCGAUUAAACUUCACCUGAUUCUAGUAGCACUUUUCUACUGCUAAAGGAGUUACUUAGUGUUCAGCAUCCAUUUCGUGCUAAUGCACACUGUAUGCUGAGCUGCUAUCUAUUUAUAGGACCAAAUUUGGGAAGCACCAUGAAGCAUCAAAUGCAGAAUGCAUAGAGUUCAAAUGCAGAAUGCAUAGAGUUCAAAUUGUUUCUGAUUCUAUCGUAGAAUGCAUCCAUAUAAACUACAUGAAUAAAUCUAAUCAUCUCUGAUUAUUUAAGAUGGCUUAGCAGGGGAUCCAAUACCACCAUGCUUACCACAUACAGUAGGAGUGAAUUCAGAGUGUGUUAACGCCAAGUAGAUGCGUCUGUUUCCAAUCAUGGCAGAGAAGAGGCAGUGUUUUGUAUUUUUUUUAAAUGGCAUUGUGUCAAUUAUGUUGUCUUUAGAUGGGAAGGUGUAGUAGGAAUCCUCUAAAAAGGGUUUUGUUUUUUAUUUAAAAGAAAUGCAGGGGCUGCAUAAGAAUGUAUGAUUGUCUCAUGUUCUGUGAUUUUUACACGAUUAUAUCUUUUACGUCUUUCGUAAUAAAAUAUUCACAAACACAUA